GGUGCCUAGCAACGUCAGGGCCCGGGCCGCGAGGUAGUUGGCAGAGGCCUCGGGGUCCUCCUGGAAGGGGCCUCAUGACAGAUUCGGACGAGGAUGCCCUGAAGGUUGACCAGGGCCCCUCACAGGACAUCCCAAAGCCAUGGGUGAUUCCAGCCCCCAAAGGGAUCCUGCAGCACAUCUUUGGAACCAGCCAGGUGUUCCAAAGCAUCUGUGAUGUAAAGCCAAAGGUCACGGGGUUAACAGUGCCCCUCAAAGUCAGGGAGUACUACUCCAGAGGCCAGCAGUGCUUGGAGCAGGCAGACUGGGAGACAGCUGUGCUGUUCUUCUCCCGCGCGCUUCACCUGGACCCACAGCUGGUGGACUUCUACGCCUUGCGGGCGGAGGCCUACCUCCAGCUCUGUGACUUCUCCUCGGCUGCCCAGAACCUGCGAAGGGCCUACUCCUUACAGCAGGACAACCGCAAGCACCUGGAGCGCCUCACCUUUGUGCUCUACCUACAGGGGCAAUGCCUUUUUGAGCAGUGUGCCUUCCUGGAUGCCCUGAAUGUCUUCUCACAUGCUGCCGAGCUCCAGCCUGAGAAAGCGUGCUUCCGUUACCGAUGCAUGGCCUGUCUCCUGGCCCUCAAGCAGCAUCCGGCCUGCCUCUCACUCAUCACCGAGGAGCUGAAGCAGGACACCACCAACGCCGACGCCUACAUUCUCCGGGGCAGACUCUACAACUUUCUCCAGAAGCCCCAUCUCUGCUACCGGGAUCUGCACGGCGCCUUGCUGUUGAAUCCCAAGCAUCCGCAGGCCAGGAUGCUGCUCCAGAAGAUGGUGGCCCAGGCCCAGCAGGCGCGCCAAGACGCGGGGAUCCUGGCCGUGCAGGGCAGGCUGCAGCACGCACUGCAGCGCAUCAACUGUGCCAUUGAGAACAACCCUCUGGACCCCAGUCUCUUCCUCUUCCGGGGCACCAUGUACCGACGGCUUCAGGAGUUUGAUGGGGCAGUGGAGGACUUCCUGAAGGUGCUGGACAUGGUGACCGAGGACCAGGAGGACAUGAUGCGGCAGGCGCAGCGCCAGCUGUUGCUUACCUACAACGACUUUGCUGUGCACUGCUACAGGCAGGGCGCCUACCAGGAGGGCGUGCUGCUGCUGAACAAGGCCCUCCGGGACGAGCAGCAGGAGAAAGGGCUCUACAUCAACCGAGGCGGUGCGCAGCGACCGGGGCGUUGGGGAGGGGAUGCGGGGAGCCUAGCCAUCUUUAAGGCCCCCACUGGGCACUUGAGGCCCUGCGGGGGAAGGAGGAAGGGAGAGAGGAAGGAAGCGAGGGAAGAGGAAAUGCGGCUGGGGAACAGUGCCCAGACGCCCAGAAAACUAGAGGGGACGGGGACCGUGACCGCCGAUGGGGAUGGCCGAGCUCAUGGCAGCUCGGAAUCCACUGUGUCCUGCAGGCAGUUCCAGAAGGCAGAGGACCACUUCUCCACGGCCAUCCGGCACAACCCCCAGAAGGCCCAGUACUACCUGUACCGGGCCAAGAGCCGGCAGCUGCUGCAGAACAUUUUUGGGGCACGCCAGGAUGUGGCCACUGUCCUGCUCCUCAACCCCAAGCAACCAAAGCUGUCCCUGCUGAUGACCAACCUCUUCCCGGGCAUGUCUGUGGAGGAGGUGCUUAGCACCCAGAUAGCCCACCUGGCCAGGCUGCAGCUGGAACGGAUGGUGGAGGGCAGCCUGCAGGCUGGAGGCCCACAAGGCAUUGUGGGGAUGCUUAAGCAGUGGGAGUUGGAGCGCCAGAAGGCCUUGGCCCUGCAGCGCUCAUGGAAGCAGGAGGAGCCUUUGAUUGAGACCUCCGAGAAGCUGCAGGCCACCCCUGAGAUUCCGCAGGUAGAACCGGGAAGCUCAGAGGGACAGGCUGAGGCCCCCAAGGAGGAGGAAGAGAAGGAGGAGGAGGAAGAGAAAGAGGAAGAGGAAGAGAAGGAGAAGGAGAAAAAAGAGGAGAGGAAACCAAAGCUCACACCUAGCAAGGUGGCGUCCCUGUCUGAGAGCUACCUCGACCAGACCUCUUUAGCCUCCAGCAUGAGCUUCAGGACCACAUGCACCUCAGAGACUGAGACGUCGGCUAUCUGCCAGGAAUACAGGAGCACCUCAGCCACCGCCAUGACAUUCUCUGACUCAUCACUGCUGAAGACGCAAUCCUCAGACUCUGGGAGCCACAGGGAGGCAUUGAGCCAUGGUCCCAGAAACAUCAAGGACAUCCAGGGCCAGAGGCAGAGCCUUAGCAAGACCCAGGCCACCCAGGGCCAGAGGCAGAGCCUUAGCAAGACCCAGGCCACCCACAGCCAGAGGCAGAGCCUUAGCAAGACCCAGGCCACCCACAGCCAGAGGCAGAACUCCAGCAAGACCGAGGCCACCCACAGCCAGAGGCAGAACUCCAGCAAGACCGAGGCCACCCACAGCCAGAGGCAGAGCCUUAGCAAGACCCAGGCCACCCACAGCCAGAGGCAGAGCCUUAGCAAGACCCAGGCCACCCACAGCCAGAGGCAGAACUUCAGCAAGACCCAGGCCACCGUACACAGGAGGAACUCCAGCAAGACCCAGGCCACCCACAGCCAGAGGAGGAACUCCAGCAAGACCGAGGCCACCCAGGGCCAGAGGCAGAGCUCCAGCGAGACCGAGACCACCCAGGGCCCAAGGCAGGAGCCCAGCAAGACCGAGACCACCCGGAGCCCAAGGCAGAGGCCCCGAAAGGUCAAGGCUGCUCGUGGCCGGAGCUGGAGACCCAGCAAGCUUGAUGCCACCCAGGGCCGAAGCAGGGGACUGCUCCGAAGUUCCACCAAGACUGAGGCUUUCUAUGACUCAAACUGGAGCCUCAGCAAGACUGAGGAUGUUCAAGGCCAGGGCCAGAGAACCAGCAAGGCUGAGGCUGCCCAGGGCAAGAGCCGGGGCAUGAGCUCAACUUCCAGCAAGGCUGAGUCCACCUGGGGACUCAGCCCGAGUGUCAGCAAAACUGAGGUUGGUCAGGACCUCACCUACUAUGAAGCUCUCUGAAGGGACCAUCUAGCCCCUCGCUUCUUGCUGGGGAGGGGAGCAGUUCUACUCACCCCCCAGCACUGGCACUGAGCCAGCUGCCUCCUUCCAGAGCAAUUAAAAGUCUUAGCAAACAGUC